CCUGUGUUCUCACUGAGGUAGUCUUCCCUCAGUGUGACUGUAGAUGUGCUCGUAGCACCGGAUUAUCCAAACAGAACGCUGCACGCGCGCGCUACCAACGCGUCACAUCUCACCAAAGUGCAUGACAGAACCAGAGCAGAGCGAGAAGAAAACACCAACAGUUACCCGUUCCUGAGUCCUCCAGGCUAACAGUUCUGGAAUCAUGCCGAAGCACGUGGAGGUUAGGGUGCACGAAAGCCACCUGGAGCCGAUCGAGGCGAGGCCAAGCUCCAAAUUGGGAACAAUAUGUCAGAAGAUGUGCAAGAACCUGCUGCUCACGCUGACUGUGAUGGGUGUGAUUUUGGGAGCUGUUUCUGGGAUGCUGCUGCGUGUGGCUUCUCCGAUCGAUGACAACAUUGUCAUGGUAAUUGCCUUCCCUGGAGAUAUUCUAAUGAGGAUGCUAAAAAUGCUCAUCCUUCCCUUAAUCAUCUCCAGCUUAAUCACAGGUCUCGCUGGUCUGGAUGCAAAGUCAAGUGGUCGUCUGGGUUCCAGAGCCAUGAUUUAUUACAUGACCACUACUAUCAUUGCUGCUGUGCUGGGGGUCAUCCUGGUGCUCCUCAUCCACCCCGGAAACCCAAAACUCAAGGAGAAUCUAGGAGAAGGAGCCGUGAAUGAUGAGGUUUCCAGUCUUGAUGCCUUUUUUGACCUUAUCAGAAACCUCUUCCCUGAGAACUUGGUUCAGGCUUGCUUCCAGCAGAUCCAGACCGUCGUGAAGAAGGUAGAAGUUCAGCAUGAUUUCGAUGACACCAACAGCACUGACUAUCUGUCCAAUGCCACCAAACCACCCCCUAUUUUCAAAGACAAGAAAUCUCUCCAGUUCAAGAGCGGCAUGAACGUGCUGGGUAUAAUUGGAUUCUUCAUUGCCUUUGGUAUUUGCAUGGGCAAGAUGGGAGAGAAAGCUAGGCUCAUGAUUGACUUCUUUAACAUACUCAAUGAGAUUGUGAUGAAGCUGGUUAUCAUGAUCAUGUGGUACUCUCCCUUUGGCAUCGCCUGCUUGAUCUGUGGAAAGAUCAUCUCUAUCAAAGAUCUGGAGGUGGUGGGCAGGCAGCUGGGGAUGUACAUGGUGACGGUUAUUAUUGGUCUGAUCAUCCAUGGUGCCAUAUUCCUGCCAUGCAUCUACUUUGCAAUUGUACGGAAAAACCCCUUCUCGUUCUUCAUGGGCAUCUUCCAGGCCUGGAUCACGGCUCUGGGCACAGCCUCUAGCGCUGGCACUCUGCCCGUAACGUUCCGGUGUCUUGAGGAAAACCUUGGUAUUGACAAGAGAGUUACACGUUUUGUGCUUCCUGUUGGAGCAACAAUUAACAUGGACGGAACAGCCCUCUAUGAGGCUGUGGCUGCCAUUUUUAUUGCCCAGAUGAACGGAAUUUAUUUAGAUCCAGGUCAAAUCGUCACUGUCAGUCUUACAGCAACACUUGCCAGCGUUGGGGCAGCGAGUAUCCCCAGUGCUGGACUGGUCACCAUGUUACUCAUUCUGACAGCCGUUGGACUUCCUACUCAAGAUAUCAGUCUGCUGGUGGCUGUUGACUGGCUUCUGGAUCGUUUCCGUACCUCAGUUAAUGUGGUUGGAGACUCAUAUGGGGCUGGCAUCGUCUACCAUCUGUCCAAGGCAGAGCUGGAUGCUCUGGACGCCCAACAUGGGAAGUCUGAUGAUAUAGAGAUGAUGACCAAGACCCAGUCCUACUAUGAUGACCUCAAAAACCAUCAUGAAAACAACUCCAACCAGUGCGUCUAUGCUGCUCAAAAUUCAGUUUUAUUAGAUGAUUGCAAGGUAACCUUGGCAGCCACAAACGGCUCAACCGCAGAGUACACGCUCAUUGAGGAAGAACCUUGGAAAAACGAUUAUUCAUGCACAUAGAACAAAUGGGUUUUGUAGUUUAUUUGUAUGGUUUUUAUUCUUUUCUAACAUGUUUAACAAUAUUAUAUUGUCUCAUGUAACAAGAAUGUGAGGCCAAAAGCUCACACAUGCAGCUGACAUAAUGUUAUUGAGGCAGUUACAUAAAUUAUUUGCGAUGCUAAUAAACAUAUAUAUCAAUUUACAAACGUACAUAUUUUGAAAAAGGGUGAAAAAGGUGAAUUGUUCAGAGGGAGAACAGACAGAUAGCAAAGCUUCUUGCAGAGCCAUUGCCCACUGCUCUUUAUAUGAUGGAAACCUGCUCGUCUGCCUCUAGUACCUUUGGCUUCAUGCUGAACUACCUUGCACGACACCGUAGCACCUCUCGGUCCGAACAAAUCUUACAGCCGCUUCUCAAAAGGCUAAUAUGGUGUUGCUAGGAUACAAAAGUAGGGACGGAGGCGACCGCACACAGAUGGAAGGAAAAGCACAAGCCGCGUUUAUUUGGAGAGCCUCCUCCCCUGGAGCUGCUUUUAUCACAUCGCUCACAGGAGUGGGGGUUUUUCUGUCAAGGAAACGGAUAGUAGGAUGUUUCUCAUAUGUAUGUUGGUGAAUCGGUGGCACAAUAGCACAAAAACCAUUCAGGCCAUUAUAUUUACCAUUUCAUGUCUUACAAGAGCCCUUUGCGUCAUCCAGAUGUACUGAAAUAUGCAAUGCAUGCCUUACGUUUAGUUCACGAUAAAGCACAAAUUGUCUAUUUAUGUUGUACAACCAAAACAUACAGUGAACAUACAGCUGAUGGCUUCAGUGUUAAAAAUCAUCAAUCUUUGAGAUAACAGAAGCAUCUUUUCAAAUAGCAUGCCUAUUUUUAUGAUUUGGUGUGGUGUGUGCUAAACCUGGACUGGCAUUAUUAACGACUCCAUUCUGAUUAUUAAUAUGUCCAGUAUGCUGAGAGCGCACAACCCAUCUAAAGUAUAUCACUGCCUUUGUCCAAAUACAGUAUAUAUUAAAUUUGUAUUCUACAGUUGCUCUAAAGGUUUUUCCUUCCACUGGUGAGAUAUAGAGAUAUACUCUAUAAAAUAUAUUCUCAUUUUUUUUCCCCAGAAAAAAUGUUGUCAGGGAAAACAAAAACAUUGCUAAUGCUAAGGCCCAGUUAGCCUGCUGGACUGUUUACUGUUUACCUGUUUUUAUAAUCCAAGUAGAUUUAAAUACCUAAUGGCUUCAUUUCUUUCACUGCAGACAUCUUUUUUUUUUCUUUUCUUUUUUCAACAUCUAUUUUAAAUGAGCUGAAGUUCUUACCUCAGAGAGACAUCGCCAAGGCUAUUGUAACAAUUUUUAAUCAGUUUUUGAGCUUUGGAAAAUCUCAUCUAAAUUAACUACGAAGCCAAGUAGUAUUACAAUGGAUGAGUUAAAUCGUCAUAAAGAGGAUGAUUUUAUAACUGAGCUGAGCCAAAACGCUACCUCUGGAUGUACUAUCCUCGUAUUCAUCUCUGACAGCAUCUAUCCCUCAUAUUGCAAACGACUGUUUCUUAGCCCCGUAAUGCUGCAAAACACACAUAGGCCCAACUUUCCAUCACUUCCUGUCAGACUGACCAAUCAACAUGCACAUUCCACAUACCUCACUAUGCCAAUCAGAGAUUCAGAAAUCCAGAUGAACACACUUCUUCCCUGUGUGUGAUCUUUGAUCACAAGUUUCUAAAAAUAUAGUUUUUUUUUUUAUUGUGUAUUUGGAUUCUUUUAAACACUACCCCGUGUCUGACAAAGCUAAACAAACAUACCAAUAGAACUCUACCCCUAGUAUGUCUAAUUAAUUUAAGACAUCUUGCUAUGAUGCUUUGCGUACUAAACAGCUCUUUGAUGUUCCAGUGUUCAAACCCUUGCCAAGAGAAUAAAUGCCAUAUGAGCACAAGUUCAUGUUGCCACAUUGUAUAGUGUGUGGAAUCAUAAUGUGAAUUUUAGAUGUGAGUGUUGCCCAUCAAAAGGCAGACGUUUAAGACUUCUGAGAUUGUUUGGUCAUUGAGCGUUGAGCCACUCUUGCAUUUUAUCUAUCUGUUAGAUGCGUGGACAUUUAGUGUUUUUGCACCAGUUUCUUAAAAAGCAUGAGUUUUAAAGUGCCUCCUUGCACUUUGUGUAUAUAUUGAAGGCAGGGGCGUCGCUAGUGGGGGAAGAGCGGGCCUGAGCACAGAGCCCUGAGCUAUUGUGUGGCCCCUCAGGGUCCUCUCCCCCCAAUCAACCCUCCACUGAGGGGACCACAGUCCACGAGUCCUGGCGAGGGAUAUUGACCCAAUGAAAUGUGCUGUACAGCGGGCCCAGAAAACCUAGCGAAGCCACUGAUUGUAGGUUAGUUGAGAUAGUGUUUAAUUGAUGUGACAGUUUUAAUGAAGUGUUUUUGUAAUCCUAUAGAAACUAUAGCCUCUCUGAGCUGCAUAAGAUACAAUUCUAUAGUGAAAUAGAAAGGUAGUACUUUGCUUCAGUUUAAUUCAGACUAGCUCUUUCAGUAAUUUCAUAUCAAUUAUUCUAUCUGAUCUAUGUUUGGAAUGUUUUUCCCUACAUACAUUUAUGUGUCCCUAAAUUUCUAUAUAAUCUAACAUCAGACUCAAAAAAGAAUAUAUUUGUAUAUUAUAUAUAUAGCAUCUCCAAAUAUUGAAGCUAUAUUUUUGAAGAUGUUAUACAAUAAACAUGUUGUCUUAAUUUGAUCAUGAGAACAUGUAAGAACGUGAUGUCUUAUAUAUGCUUUUGUGUUAUAUUUACAUCAAAAAUAUGUAACAUCCUAAAGUUAUGAUAAGAUAUGCUGAAUUUGAAUAUACUUGAUGAUAUAACCACACUGUAUUAAGUCUGUGUUGAGCCACAUCCACAGUCUCUGUAAAACAUUUCUCAGUUUCUUGCUGUCUGUCUUGCACUUGACUUCCCAAUGUUUCUUUUCAGUGUUUCUGAUGUAUUUUAUACAUGCACACAGACACACAAAAAUGUACAGGCAAUUGUGAUUAUUUUUCUAGAAUAACCCAGGUUUAUUAUUCUGACUUAAUUGAGUACAUCUGGAACCAUCAUUAGUAGAUGGUUUGCAUUUCUUACAUUGGUCUUAUACAUAAACCCAUAUGUUCUUUUCUCUCACCCUUUUUGUGAUGUGAUUAUUUUAUGUAAAGGGAGAAGAAACUAUAGUCAAAAGGAAAGUGGUAAAAUAAAUGAUUUCCUGUUUCUUAGCUGUGAAAUAAAAGUGAAUUCAUGCAUAUCCAUAUGUGUUGUACCAUUGGUGUACAUACAGUUAUUAUAACUAAUAAAUGUUGAUUCAUAACUAA